CUUUUCAGGAAGGACAAGUGGAAGAAGUUGACAACACAGCAAGCAUGAGCAUCAACUCCAUGCGAGCACAGCGAGCGACCCGGGAUGCGGGCCGGCUCGUGUGUGCCAUGGCGCACCAGCCCUCGCUCGGACUGUAUUACGUUCAAGAACACAUUCGAUCCUCUGUGCCGCGCAUGAUGUCCCUCCAGGACAAGAUUGAGGCGCAGGCGGCAGACAUUGAAGGAGAGGUGAUGGACCUGGAGUACUCCAACACUGUGCUGGAGACCAUGUCAACCAUUCCGCACUUUGACAACUUGCAGCGCCACCUCGACGCUGCGCUGGCUGAGGUGGACCCGUCGUCGGUACACGCUGACGAAGAGACGCAGGCGUUCCUGCAGCAGCUGCCGUCCAUGUCCCACGCGCCAUCACCACAGCGGCGGCCGCGCGAGCAGCAACAGCAGGAAGUGGGGGUGGAGGAGGAGAAGGAGGAGAAGGGUGGGGAGCAACAAGAGAAAAAGGAGAACGAAGGGCACCAACAACAGCAACAGCAACAGCAGCAGCAACAGCAGCAGCAACAAGAGCAACAAGGGGAGCAGGUGCAGGAAGGAAGUGAAAGCGGGCACAUCGGUGAAAGACAGACAGACGUAUCCGUGUCACAGCAACCAGGCGAAGAGGAGGAGGGGAAGUGAGUUGCACCACAAUUGUGGC